AUGAUUUCCAAAGUUUCGUGUCAAAGUACAGAGCCAUCAUCUUCAUCAUGCAUUUCUUCUACAUUAGCAGAAUCAACCAACAGGCGUUUUAGACGACGAAUCUUCGAAAACUUUCUCCUGAUAUGGCUGUAUCCCGAUCUUGAUGAAUCGAGCAAUGAUUAUCGAGAUGCCAUGGCACAACUCCGAUGCAUCAUGAACACUAUCGAAACAUUUUUGGAUCUUGACGAAUGCCUUGAUUUUCUUACUGAAAUCAAUGAUGACAAGGUAUUCAUGAUUAUAUCAGCUACACAUAUUCAACAAAUAUUACCUCUAAUUCAUGAUACACCGCAGCUAGAGGCUAUCUACGUUUUUUGUCACAACAACAAAUGCAAAUAUGAACAGUUAAUUCAAGGAUGGCCUAAAGUUAAAGGUAUACACAUAGAAAUUACAUCUCUAUGUGAAGCACUACAAAAAGAUCUCAAACAAUUUGAUCAAGAUUCUAUAUCGAUCAGUUUCGUUCCACUCGUUGGUAAUGAAUUGAAUCAAAAUUUAGACCAAUUAGAACCAUCAUUCAUGUACACUCAAAUUCUAAAAGAAAUUUUAUUAGAAAUGAAGUAUGAUGAGAAAUCGAUCACAGAAUUAAUCUUGUACUGGCGUAGUCAGUAUUCUGACAAUUCUCGUCAAUUGAAUAUUAUUGAUGAAUUUGAACGUGACUAUAAUCCACAAUCAUCAAUCUGGUGGUAUACUCGUACAUACUUGACAUAUUAUGUGCUUAACAGAGCACUACGUAAACUGGAGGCCGAGACUAUCAUUAAGAUGUCUUUUUUUAUUCGUGAUCUACAUCAGCAAAUACAACAAUUGUAUUUAGAACAGUUUGGUAAGCCUCAUGUAGAACCAUUCACUGUCUACCGUGGACAAGGUAUAUCAAUAUUAGAUUUUAAGAAAUUAGUGAAAACAAAAGGUGGGCUCAUAUCGUUUAACAAUUUCUUAUCAACUAGUAAAGAAAAAGAAGUUUCCCUACUAUUUGCCGAAGGUGGUCUGACAAAAUCUGGUAGCGUUGGUAUUUUCUUCAAAAUGACAAUUGAUCCGUCUAUUUCUUCGACUCCUUUUGCUUUCAUUGAUAAUCUCAGUUAUUUUAAGAUAGAACAAGAAAUUCUCUUCUCAAUGCACACCGUUUUUCGCAUUGGUGAAAUCAAGAAGCUUGACAAUAAUAAAGAACUCUAUGAAGUGGAACUCAAACUGACAAGUGAUAUCGAUGAGCAGUUUCGCACUGUCACCGAAUGUAUUCGACAAGAAACGAAAGGAUCCAAUGGAUGGGAGCGUCUGGGUGAUUUCUUGAUCAAAUUAAGUCGAUUUGACAUGGCUGAACAACUACAUAGUACAUUGCUCGAUCAGGCAUCUGAUAACAGCAAGAAAGGCAAGAUAUAUAAUCAGUUCGGACGCAUAAAACGUGGUCAAGGUGAUUUCAAAGAAGCAUUGUCAUAUUAUAAGAAAGCACUCGAAAGUUUCGAAAGAAAUGUCCCUUUAAAUGAUCUCGAUUUGGCUGCCACGUACAACAACAUUGGUUCGAUGCAUAUGACCAUGGUAGAGUGUUCCACAGCGCUUUCAUUUCACGAGAAAGCAAUUGAAAUCUUUGAAAAAACUCUCCCGUCAAAUUAUCCUGAUUUAAGCAAUUGUUAUCACAACAUUGGUAGAGUAUAUGAUCACAUGGGAGAGUACUCGAAAGCACUUUCGUUUUUUGAAAAGGCACUUCAAAUUCAACAAAAGACUCUUCCACCAAUUCAUCCUUUAUUGGCUUCUUCCUACAAUAAUCUCGGUACGAUGAAUGAACACAUGGGUGAGUACUCAAAGGCAUUAUUGUUUUACGAAAAGGCAACUAAUAUUCAACAAAAAACUCUUCCCCCAAAUCAUCCGGAUUUAGCUUCUUCUUAUAACAAUAUCGGUAGAAUGUACACAAAUAUGGGAGAUUAUUCCAAAGCAUAUAUAUUUCAUGAAAAAGCGUCUGAAAUAUGCGCAAGAAAUCUUCCUCCAAAUCAUCCUUCUCUGGCUACUUCCUACCAUAACAUCGCUUCAGUGUAUAAAAGCAUGGGAGCCUAUUCGAAAGCACUCUCAUUUUACGAGAAAGCACUUAAAAUUCAACACAUCGCUCUUCCGCCAAAUCAUCCCUCAUUGGCUAUUGCGUUUAAUAACAUGGGCACGGUGUAUGAGAAUAUGGGAGACUAUGUCAAAGCAAUUUCAUGUUGUGAACGGGCUGUCGACAUUAUGAAAAAAUCAUUGCCUCCAAAUCAUCAUCAUCUUCGAUCGUGUAUGCAGAAUCUUGAAAAUCUUAAAAAUAAAUCAAAAGUAGUACGUAUUGAAUAA